UUACGUCAACGACAAUUUUUUGUCGCACACAGUAUUUUUCCGUGACAAAUUUUUGCCAUUUUGAAAGAUUUGGGAUAUUUCUUGCAAACUGAAAAAUCAUUUUUUUGAUGUGCACGUCAAGAAAUUACACACUCUGCAAAAAAUGCUGUGCUAAUUUUUUGUUGUGAGCCAUAUUUUUCCAUGACAAGUUUUGUCACCCAUUACACGUAAACAUUCCGCCAAAUGGCAGGAUGCAGAAAUUCGCCAUGAAUCUAUGUCUGCCAAAUUAUUUCGGCCAUCACUAUUUAUAAAUAUGUUUUAGUAACUAAUACAAAAAUGUAAUGAGUAUUAUUGGAGACAGAUCUUGCUAGACAAAGGAAAUAGAUAUUAUUAUUAUUAUUACAAUUAUAUAUUACAAAGGUCUGUUUACAAAGAAAAUUUUCUAUGUUCUAAUCAGAACUGAGGUAACAGUUUGGCAUUGUGACAUCAUCAUGUCCUAAACUGUUCAUUUAGCAUCACCAACAAACUGAUGUCAUUUGUUUCUGGAUUAGCUACUGAGCAGGCCACUAGUGUCUGUUUAGUACUAAUCUUUGCAUUGACUUCAACUAUUUGAUUAACUUAGUGUUAUGUAAGUAUAACACUUUUUAUAGGAAUGAUGCUGCUUCUUAUUUUUUAUUUACUAGUAAAUAUAAUAAUGGGAAUCCAAUAUUAUCUAUCACGUGGUACCUGUUUUUUUCCCAAGCAGCAAUAUAGAUGCUUACAAAGAUUUUAUCGAAUACUGGUUUACUAGUGAGAUGUGUACAGCAAUAUUAUCUUGUUUGUUAUUUGAUUUGCUGAUAGUUUGCAAAUCAAACGGUUCGCAAAGGGUCAUGGGAUACAUAUUCCCUAGAAAUUAUUUUCCCUGGAAAUUAUGUUCUGGUCCCUAGGCAACAACAUGGGCUCUUGCAAAUAUUUCUUUUAAUAUGGACAAUUGCAAGAUCGUUUGUUUCUUUAUUAAAUAGUGUGCGCAUGCAUUUCUGAAAAAAGGCAGGGUUGUUAUAAGAAAAUGGACUCAAAUUCAUAAAUUCAAAAACUAAAAAAAAAAUAUAUUAUUACGACAGUAAUAACAGUCUCUUCACAGUGUUGAGGCAUCGGGAUGUCAUACUGCCUGAACCAGUUGUAUAAAUAGCUAUUGUGACAUCAUAGUUUCACCACAGUCUUUGAGCAUUGUGAUGUCAUAAUGGCAUAAGCUACUUAGCAAGUGUCACCACCAAACCAGUUUUUUUUGUUUCUGUAUUAGCUACUGAGCAGACCUCUAGCGUCUGUUCUGUACUAAUCAGUAUAUUUAUUUCUACUAUUUGCUUUACCUACUACUCUGUAAGUAUUCAGCUUCACAUAGAAAAGAAGCAACUAUUUUUAAAAAAUGUCUGUAAUACAUAGAAUAAGGGGAAUCUAAUAUUAUGUAUGUAACUGCAAACUGAUAAAAAGCCCCUUAUUGUGAUAUUGUCACUUACUCCAAAGUUACACAAUGAUUUAUCUAUUAUUGGCUGCUUAGUUUGAUGAGGGACAUUCUCUGCAUGAAAUGUAACAAUUCUCUACUUUUUUCCCCAGAAUCAUAAAAAUACAUCUUAAAAUGGAUUUAGAAUCAAACAAUAAAUUCAAUAUUGUUGGAAGAAAGAAGAACACUCAGAAGAAUAUGAACUACAGACGAAGAAAGGACAGUAUUUUUAAGGAAGCCCUAAGAAGCUUUUUCUCUUUUGUUUUAGGCAUGGUAUUUGCUACGGCUUUUGCUUUCUUCACCCUUUUUGUGAAGACCUAUAGCCUGGACAUCUGCAUCAUUUCCAGUGUUUUUAUUGGAUUUUUCCUUUCUCUGGGAAUGGCAUUUUUUGAGCAGGUCCGAUUGACUGUGUUCUUAACCCUGCCACAGAUAUUUGGAGAUCAUGGCAGGAACCUUAUUAUUGCAUUGGCCAUUUCUCUGACCUUCCAAGGACCCGUAGGAAAUAUCUUGGAGAAUUACGAGCGGGUAUCAGAGGCAACCUCUUGUGGAUUGCAGUUGGCCAUAAACCAGACUUUAGAAGUUGUUGAGGAAAUGAAACAGCCUGUCAUGAGAGCAUUGGACAGGAUCAAGUCCAUUGCUGACAAUUUCAAAACUGUCUCCGACAACUCAGAAGGAUUCUUUACCACCCUAAAGGAGGGUGUGAAGAAAAUUGGUCGAGGCAUAAGGACAGCCUGGUCUUACCUGUACAACAUGGGAACUGUCUGCAACGAAGAAUUAGGAAAUCCGAGUAAGAAAUGCUACCAGAAAUUCGACGAAGCAAAGCAGACUUGUGUCGAUAACACAGGAUUCUUGGGCUUUUUAUGCGGAAUUAUAGAUACAUUUCGGCCCCUUUGUGCAUUGGCUGGAGUUCCAUGCAUUGGUCCUGACUUUGUUCAGAAGCACAUCAGUAAACUGAAGGACAAAGCGGUUGAAUCUGUCCUUGACAAGUUCAAGGAGCACUUCCUUUUUAAUAUUACUGUUAUACAUGACUUUGAUAUUAAUGGAAGUGCCACUGAUGUGAUAAAUGUGGCAGAGCAGAUUAUGAAGGAAAUUCAUGCCAGUAUAGAGCCCUUCUUUGAGAUUAUUGGACUGGCGCAGUACUUUAUUCUCUUCUUCUGCCUUUAUACAUUUAUUCGAGCGGCAAUAUAUCGCAGGAAAUACCUCCUGACUGACAACCAUGAUAAUUGCUAUAUUACAAAGAACUUUAUAGUACUGAAUGAACUGAGAGUGAAGAAAGGUGUUCCCUCUCUAUUACCUCUCAACAAGAAGGAGCAGUCUCUCUACAUCUCACCUCAAUCCCUGAGGAUGACAGCAGUAGAGAAGAAUAUGCUCAGUUUUAUGAGGAUUCUGCCAUACAUGAUAUUUUCUAUCUUUAUCAUUGUGGUAGAUUUUGGGGCCUACUUUUUGCUAGGGAAAGCACAUCAACAGCUCAGUGCAAAUAUUACAGUUACGGCUCCUCUGAUUUUCAACGUCACCGUAACCGGCUCCAAUUUCUUUAGUGACUUUUUCAGACAAAUAAUAUCCUCAUUUGAGGAUUUAGUAAAAGGGCAGGUUCAGAUUGUUACUGCCAAGUGUCUGAUCACCCCGUCCAAACCAGACUACAAGGGAUACAUAAUUAUUGGACUUUUGUAUGGUCUUGCCUUUUUGGCAACCAUGGUCGGAGUGUACCUUACAAGGUUGAGGCGCUCGCUCUGCGCCUAUUAUUAUCCAUAUCGUGAACUGGAAAGGGUAUGUUUUCUGUACAACACAAUUAUCUGUGAGCGUCCAGAAAGGAACCCUUAUCAUAUCAAGCACAUUGUAACAAGCAAUGAAGAUCAACAACCUAGCAGUUUCUUCUACAAGCUGGCUAAACGAAACUCUCUGUUUUACCGUUUGGUCAGACUGAUGGGCAAAGAGGAACAAUUCUGCUUAGAAUGUGCCAAAAUCAGAACUGAGAAAAACAGCCAAGAAUUUCUUAACUGCAUCACUAUGAACUGCAGAGGGCUGUACUGUGGAGACUGCUGCAUUAAACUGGAGAAUGCCUGCAAGAUCUGCCUCACUCCUCUCACAUACUCAGAUUCUACAGAUGAAGAGAUAGACUCCAGUGAUGAGGAGCAGGUCCAACUUUGGCUUGAGGAAAGAGGGAGUAAUAAGAGAUUCAGGAAAGUGCAAGAGAAAAAUGCUGAGGAAGAUGAAGACUCAGAUACCUCUAGUGAAUUAAGUGAGGAUGACUACGAUUACCAAGAACAAUCUCCCUCGAGUGAUAGCUCAGAUGAAGAGACUUUGGAUGAAACAUUUGCCAAAUUGGCCAAGAUGAAGAAAAAUAAUAUCUCUCCAAAAAUGUUCCAGAGACGCUGAGCUAUUACAGAUGCAUGUUAAGGCUGAUUACUCUGUGAAGACGACAGAAGACAAGACGUCAGAAAGAAGAUCAACCAAAGACAUUGCAUGACAUUGCAUGUUUUGAACAGAAAUCAGCCCUCAUCAUUUGAGAUAGUCCAGAUUCAUGGCCCCAAAGUGGGAGGGUCUUACCCAAAGUGGGUGAGGUUUUGGGCGGAUUGGGGCAUCUGGAUGGAAACUAAGGGGCAAAUUUCAUACUUUAAAAAGCACGAUACAAAAAAAAUCGUAUUAAAUAAAUAGCAAAUUAUUUCAA